AUGCUGCAAGAUGCUAAGGGGCCUGCAGAAAAGGGGAAGCUGGAGAAGUCACUGGAGCACCUGCGGAAGCAGCUGGAGGAUGCACUGCUGUUCCAGAAGCAGGCAGAGGAGACCUGUACCCUGUGGCAGAUGAUGGUGCAGAGCCAGCGGCAGAACGUGCUGGGCGAGUUCGAGCGUCUGCGCCGCCUGCUGGCCGAGGAGGAGCAGCAGCUGCUGCAGAAGCUGGAGGAGGAGGAGCUGGAGGUGCUGCCCCGGCUGCGUGAGGGCGCAGCCCGGCUCGGCCAGCAGAGUGCCCAGCUGGCCGAGCUCAUUGCCGAGCUGGAGGGCCGCUGCCAGCUGCCCGCGCUGGGGUUGCUGCAGGACAUCAAGGAUGCCCUGCGCAGGGUCCAGGAUGUGAAGCUGCAGCCUCCAGAAGUGGUGCCCAUGGAGCUGAGGACUGUGUGCAGGGUCCCGGGGCUGGUGGAAACCCUGCGGAGGUUUCGAGGGGAUGUGACCCUGGACCCAGACACUGCCAACCCUGAGCUGGUCCUUUCAGAGGACAGGAGGAGCGUGCAGCGGGGUGACCUGCGGCAGUCCCUGCCUGACAGCCCGGAGCGCUUCGACCCCGGCCCCUGCGUGCUGGGCCAGGAGCGCUUCUCCUCGGGCCGCCACUACUGGGAGGUGGAGGUGGGGGACCGCAGCAGCUGGGCCCUGGGCGUGUGCAGGGAGAACGUGAACAGGAAGGAGAAGGGCGAGCUGUCGGCCGGCAACGGCUUCUGGAUCCUGGUGUUCCUGGGGAGCUACUACACCUCGCCCGAAAGGGCCUUCGCGCCCCUCCGGGACCCUCCAAGGCGCGUGGGGAUCUUUCUGGACUAUGAGGCCGGACAUCUGUCAUUCUACAGUGCGACUGACGGGUCGCUGUUGUUCAUCUUCCCCGAGACCCCCUUCUCUGGGACGCUCCGGCCCCUCUUCUCACCUCUGUCAAGCAGCCCGACCCCUAUGACCAUCUGCCGGCUGAAAGGCGGGCCUGGAGAUGCCCUGGUUCCCCAGUGACUUGGACCCUCUCGGGGGAAUCCCUUCCCUUCUCCCGGCCACUUGUCCUGGCUUUGGGUGUUUUGUUCACUUGGAGGACUUGGGUGGAGGAAGCGUGUCCUCUGGGCAACGGGAGGAACGUGUAGUGCCUUUGUGAGUGUACAUGGGAAAACCUGAGUUCUGGAAAUGGCAUGGGCAGAUGUGGGGUGGGCCUUGUCCUCCCUGUGGGACCCCUCCAGGCUACCAGAUGCCACUAAGCAUCAACAGCCCUGACCAAAGCCCUGAGCCUCGCAAGCCCCACCAGAAACACACAGCAUCCAGGGCCUGCCCGAGCACCCCACCUCUAGGGACAUGCCCCAUGUGGCUGCUGGGAGGGGGGCCAGUUCCAAACCCAUUUAUGUCCCAUGAAAGGGGAGGGCCACCUACUGGAGGGACAUCAGUCUUCAGGCAAAAGAUGAUCCGAGGAAGCCAAGUAGGAGGGGAACUGAGCAGAAGUCCCUAAAUAAAGGGCCUUCUGGAAAAUGCCCUGGGUGCAGAGAUUCACCUUUGGCAGUUCUGUGGGGUCUGGAGGUGAGAGUAGGACUUGGAAGUGACACUUGCAGUCUCAUGGUUGUGUUUGGAAGCCUUUCUGGGCAUAUUCCUGGCCGAGAGCUGCUGGCUUUUACCCUCGCAAACGCUUCUCUGGUCUCCAUACUGACCUCAGGUGGCAGUCCCUGACUUCAGGAACCUGUCUGUAGGGUCUUGGCUCCUGCCAAGGGCUUGGGACAUUUCAGAGGCUGUGGUCCUUCCACUCUGGAGGAGGAGGGUGGCUGCAGAGAGCCCUAAGCACACAGAGUCAAGGAGGGUGUUGGUGUGUUAAGGUUUGGUGUUUCUUCCCCCUUUAUAAGAAGGUACCACUUGACUUCUCUUUUCCCCCUCCAUUUUAUUUAUUGUGAGGACAGAGUUCCCACAUUAAAUAAAUUUUGAUCACUGUAA